AUGCUGUAUUUGGCUAUACCACUUAUUACACUGUUACAGCUAACUGAAGGACAUCGAAUAGUACGAACAGUAUUCAAGGACUGUGGAUCCGUUCUUGGUAGAGUAAAACGUGUGGAGGUGAAUCCCUGUGACACUAGACCUUGCACUCUGUACAAAAAUGAAAUGACACAGAUCACCAUUGGAUUCGUAACUGAGGUGCCAAUCGACAACGGAACUGCUGUUGUCCACGGAAUCGUAGAGUAUAUUCCAAUUUACUUCCCCUUGGAUAAUCCGGGCUUGUGUGAGUUCACUAAUCCGACGUGUCCUUUGGAACCUUCCGUAUCGGAAUUCACCUAUUCGGUUCACAUACCAGUGCUGCCUACCUAUCCAUCGAAUAGGGAUCAAAUAAUAAAGUUUUGGGGUGAAAAAUUGUCCGCCUACGAGAUCUUAUUGAAUUUUUUCCCACCUUUUCAUAACUUCGUCGGUAGCUUCAGUCGAAAGAAUUCGUUCAAACAGCUGCAGUUCGACCAGCCACUUAGAGUGAAUAACACUUCAAAGUCGCCUUAUGUUUCAGUUGGCACGAUAUUCGAGAUAUCGCAGUAUAUUUUAAUAAAGGAAACUACUCACAGGGUUGCUAAAAACUAUUCGACAACUCACGACCGGUUUCGCCCUUCUUGGGGCUCAUCAAGUUAUCGUGUUGCGACAAAUAUACUCAUUUGCAAAUCAUUUUGCAAAACGAGAGACUCAACUGAAUCUCCCGUUUAUGAUAUUCUACAGCUGAAUGUGCUGCACACAGGCCGCCUCAUGUUUCAGUUGAUAUCGUUGUAUAUUUUCCUAAAGGAAACUACUCACAAGGUUGCCGAAAACUCUUCGACAGCCCACGAUCGGCUUCGCCCUUCUUGGGGCUCACCAGGUAGGCGCAAUCCCCGAGUUUCCGCCAACUUUAUGUUCUACUUGAACCCGAAUUGGACUGUUUUCGAGAAGUGCACUCAUUUGCAAAUCAAUUCGGUUUUCACGACAGGCUCAACUGAAUCUCUCUUUUAUGAUAUUCUACAACUGAAUGUGCUGCACACAGGCCGCCUCAUGAUUCAAAAACUACUCACAAGGUUGCUGAAAACUCUUCGACAGCUCACAACCGGUUAUCGUGUGGUUCUCACACAGUCACGAACCCUUCAAUAUGAUGACCCAUGCUCACUAAAGCAGAAUGAGGGAAAGUCAAAAAGAAACCCGAUUUUCAAGACAGGUUUGGUACACAAUCAAAGCGAUGACUACACAACCCAUCAAGAAAGUUUGUGUAUUCUCAGACUUCCGGAUGCGGAGGUCUCCAAAAUCUUCCGUACACAAAGUGGUGCUAGUCAUGGAUGCUCACUUUCUCCAUUCCCGUUUAAUUUCGUGAUCGAUGAAAUAAUGGAACGAACGCUCAAAGGUCUCCAAAAUCCGGUGUUCACAUAG